CCUAUAAAACCAAUAAACGACCAGAGCCUUCGUCCAGCCGCGAAGGGAAGUUCUCAAGAUUUCUAGGGUUUCUGCUCUCUCCCACUAAUUCGCCAAAAUGACAAAGAGAACUAAGAAGGCUGGCAUUGUUGGCAAGUACGGCACUCGAUAUGGUGCUAGUUUGAGGAAACAAAUCAAGAAGAUGGAAGUAAGUCAGCACAGCAAGUACUUCUGCGAGUUUUGCGGAAAGUAUGCCGUAAAGAGGAAGGCGGUCGGAAUAUGGGGCUGCAAAGAUUGUGGUAAAGUGAAAGCAGGAGGCGCUUACACCUUGAAUACUGCAAGUGCCGUCACUGUGAGGAGUACCAUAAGAAGGUUGAGGGAGCAGACAGAGAGCUAAAUUACCUGCUAGAUUUGUCAUUCCAUGUUUCAAUGAGAUUGAGCGGAAUGAUUUUGUCGAGGUACUUGAAUUGUCUUUAAUUUCAUACAUUUUGGCCGAAUUUGUAUCUUCUCUUCAAACAAAAGUUCUGAAAUUAAUCGGUUUGUUGAAACUAUCAUUGACUUGAAUGAAUGAGGGAUAUUUAUUUUACGAGUUCGAA